CCAUAAAGAAAAAAACUUGGCACGGUAGUAGAUCGAGUGUAGACUUGUAUAUAGUACCUGACAUUUAAUUACAUAUCUAUAUCAUAUCUCUAUUUAUAAGGUCGGAUAUGUAUAUCCGAAUAUUGUGAUAUUUAUUUUGAAAUGUUUUGAUUUGUUUAUUUAUUUAUUCAUGUGUUUAUUUGUUUAUGUGUGUGUUUAAAACUACAAAAUGGGUGCAUUAAAAUCGAAAUUCAAAGGAUCUAAAUCUAAAUCUAGCCAAAAGGCGAAAACAAAGAUUCAUUUACCCGAAUCCAGCUCAGCUAAGAAAACUGUUGAUCCGAGGCUGCCAUUCCAGACAUAUAGGCAGAUAUUCAGUUUGAGAAAUGCAUGGAAAGCGGUGACCCGUUCCAUGGAGGAAACUGCAAAGGAAAACCUAAUGAGAUUUUUGAAGAAACAUGAUCAAUUUGCAGAAUAUUUUCCAUCAUACGAUACUAAUAAAAGUGAAGAAGACAUUAAGGACAGUUUCGAAUUUGAAAACGAUGCAUUAGAAAUAUUUGGACUAUUUGACGAUGUUGUAAACAAUUUAGAGGAAGUCGAUAAAGCAUUGGUAGAAAUCAAUCAUGUCUUCUCGACAAAUGAGAAAACAUCAGAAAUACUGAAGGCAAUGGAUCCGACCUUUAUGGGGUUAUUAUCAGAGAUUUUAGGAGACCGUUAUACAGAAACUACAGAAGAAAACUUUCGUUUACUUUAUGACUUUGUUUUGUCAGAAGGCGCAAAAUGUAUAGGCGGCAAAAGUUAACGAACAUGUGAAGAGUAAUAAAUCUACGUAAAACCGACAUUGUAAAACUCUGAUUAACUGAGCAUGCAGAAUCGGACAACCGUCUAUUCCAUUUCUUAGAAAAUAGCGAUAAUUCGAUGUUACCAUUAUAUACCUCCACUGAGUGCAUAUCAUGGAGACGCGUUUUCUAUUUCUAAUCUUUUGUCUUCAAUAGAUAUUUUUGCGAUUUUGGCAAAAAGAUUACUGAUUUUUAUCACAGUCACUUGUCUCUGAAAAAUUAUCCAUUUACAUAAACAUAUAACGAUAGGUUUAGCAAGGUAUAAUAUAGGUAACUGCUUUCCGAGACAAGUACUAGUGAUUUUUUUUAUGUAUUAUACACAAUGAAAACUUAAACGUUGAAUACAAUAAAUAUGCAUUUAUGUCAUUCAAUUGUGUCAUGUAACUUUUUUUAACCAACAAGGUCUCCUCAAUAUCAUUUUAGAAAUUUUAACAACUCAGGUCAAUCUGUCAAUUCGCAGUUGUUUCCCUUUAGCUAUAGAUCCCUCAUUAGACAAACACGUUGUUAUUGAAUGUUGUCAUUUCUAAAACAUGCGGAAAUUUUUCAAAUUACUUCAAUUUCGAUUUAACAGAUGACUAAAAUACUGAAAAAAAGAACAAUAUGCAGUUAUGAUCAUCAGCGCGUAAUUAAUGAGGGUGUAUUAGAUAUAUAUCAGUAACAAAAAAUGUUUAUAGUUUAACCCAGAAUGAGAUGACAAUUCAUUUACUUGUAUGUAAAUAAAUAGGUAUGGAAAGAUUACCAAUUAGACAACUAUUCACUAUAAUAGUUCAAAUCACGCGGAUUGCCGCAACU